AUGUCCAAGUCCGUCGACGACGAGGCAUCAUUUGCCCACCUGACGGGCCAAGAGAGAGAGCUCCUCAAGGCCCAGCUGGACUCCCGUCAGUCAAAGUAUCUUGGUUCGGCCUUUAUCGAUAUGCCGACUCGUGGGACCUUGUCCGUCGAUGCCUCUAUACUGGGACAGAUCCUCUUUGGACAACUGGCCACCGCUUUCCAAGAGAUCUCCAAUGACACCAUCACAUAUGAUGAGUUCAUGGGGGAGCUCACUCACAAUGUACUCUACUAUGUUUACAUCGGCAUCGCCAUCUUCGGAACAACCUACAUCUCUACCGUAGGUCUCAUCUACACCGGCCAUCACAUCACCCAAAGGAUCCGAGAAGAAUACCUCAGGGCCGUUCUCCGCCAAAACAUCGCCUAUUUCGACAAUCUCGGUGCCGGCGAGAUCACCACCCGUAUCAGUGCCGACACCACUCUGAUUCAAGAUGGUAUCUCCCACAAAGUCGCCCUUACCCUGACGGCCGUUGCUACCUUUGUGAGCGCCUUCAUCAUUGCCUUCAUCAAGUUCUGGAAACUGGCCCUCAUAUGUUCACCAGCCAUGCUGUGUCUGCUUGGGUCCAUGAGUUUUGGUUACCGGUUCAUCAUCAAGUUUACAACAAAGUCCCUGGCAAGCUACUCAGAGGGGAGCAGUGUGGCAGCGGAGGUCAUAAGCUCUAUCCGGACAACCACUGCCUUUGGAACGCACGAUCGACUGGCGAAACAGUAUGAGGUAUUCUUGAACAAAGCAGAAAAGUAUGGCAUCCAAAUGCAAAUGAUCCAAGCGGUUAUGAUCGCAUCUCUUGGCGCGAUCCUAUUCCUGACAUACGGUCUCGGAUUAUGGCAAGGCUCACGGUAUCUGGUUGCUGGCCACGUCAACGUUGGUCAGAUCUUGACCAUCUUGACUGCUGUGGUCACUGGGUCGUACUCCCUAGGCGGCGUCACCCAACACGGCCAAGCUUUUACAUCUGCUGCUGCCGCAGCAUCCAAGGUGUAUAGUACCAUUGACCGUCAAUCUCUCCUCGACUCAAGUUCCAAAGACGGAAAGACUUUGGAUAGCAUCCAAGGUGCGAUUGAGCUACGGAACAUCAAGCACAUUUAUCCAUCUCGACCUACGGUUGUUGUGCUCAGCGACCUCAACUUGCACAUUCCGGCCGGUCAGGUCACUGCAUUUGUAGGCCCUUCUGGUUCCGGAAAAAGUACAGUUAUUGGACUACUGGAGCGCUUCUACCAUCCGGUCAGCGGUAAAAUUCUACUAGACGGCCAUAAUAUUGACUCCCUCAACCUGCGAUGGCUUCGGCAACAAAUGUCGCUUGUCAGCCAGGAGCCCAUCUUGUUCUCCACAAGUAUCUUCGAGAACAUCAAGUUUGGUCUCAUCGGGACUUCUUUCGAGCAAGAAUCUGAAGAAAGGAUCCGUGAUCGGGUUGAGGAAGCGGCCAAGAUGGCCAAUGCCCACGAAUUCAUUACCUCUCUACCAGAUGGAUACCAAACUAAUGUGGGCGCACAAGGAUUUCUACUAUCGGGUGGCCAGAAGCAGCGUAUCGCUAUUGCACGGGCUAUAAUCAGCGACCCCAAGAUUUUACUCCUGGACGAAGCAACCUCGGCUCUGGAUACCAAGUCAGAGAAGAUUGUCCAGGCCGCUCUUGACAAAGCAUCCAAAGGGCGUACCACUAUUUUCAUCGCACAUCGGCUAUCGACGAUCAAGUCAGCUCACAAUAUUGUCGUUCUGGUUGACGGCAGGAUCGUAGAGCAAGGGACCCACGAUGAGUUAUUAGAUGCUGGCGGUGAUUAUGCUAAACUUGUGGAAGCACAACGCCUUGACCAGGACAAAGGAAAAGGCGCUCAGACUACCGAAGAUGACGGAAGCGAGAUAGACAUUAAGCAGGAGGCUAUGGAUUUGACAGUCUCCGCUACAAACCUCACCCAUAUACCGACAGAGAAAGGAGUUACAGUCACUUUGGAGCCACAAACCACCAAGGCAAAGAAACUUGGCUUACUCACCCUAAUGAAAUUCAUCGCCUCCUUCAACCGACCCGAAGCCAAACUGAUGGCGUUAGGAGUCAUCUUCAUCAUCCUCUCCGGCGGCGGCCAACCCGCGCAAGCCAUAAUCUACUCCAAAGCCAUCUCCACUCUCUCCCUGCCCCCCUCUCUCUACCCAAAGCUCCGCCACGACACCGACUUCUGGGCGCUCAUGCUCCUGAUGCUAGGCCUCGUCUACCUCAUCACCGUCACCAUCCACGGCAUCAUCCUCGGCAUCGGCGCCGAAAAGCUGCUCUCACGCGCCCGCGCCCAGGCCUUCCGGACCAUCCUCCGGCAAGACGUAUCCUUUUUUGACCGGGACGAAAACACCACGGGCGCGCUGAUCUCGUUCCUGUCGACGGAGACGAAGCACCUAGCCGGCAUCAGCGGUGCCACGCUGGGCACGAUACUGAUGAUCAGCACCUCGUUGGUCGCGUCGCUCGUGAUCGCCCUGGCGGUGGGGUGGAAGAUGGCACUGGUGUGUAUCUCCGUCGUGCCCGUUAUCUUGGCUUGUGGGUUUUGGCGUGUUUCCAUGUUGGCUAGGUUCCAGGCUGAGUCAAGGACGGCAUACGAGGCUUCGGCGAGUUAUGCGUGCGAGGCAACGGCGGCGAUACGCACGGUUGCGUCGCUUUGUAGGGAGGAGGAUGUGUUGAGGAAUUAUAGGGGGCAACUGAAGAGGCAGGCUAAAGAUGCGCUGGUGUUGAGUUUGAAGAGCUCCGGGUUUUAUGCGUUGAGUCAGGGUGUUUAUUGUUUCUGUACCGCCCUCGCCUUUUGGUACGGCGGCAUGCUCCUCGGUAAGCACGAAUACACCGUCUUUCAGUUCUACGUGUGCUUCACCGAGGUUCUUUUUGGCGCCAACGCUGCUGGCUCCAUCUUUUCUACCGCGCCCGAUAUGGCCAAGGCCAAGAGCGCAGCGGCCGAGUUCAAGAAGUUGUUUGACCGUCAGCCGACCAUCGAUACAUGGUCCGAAAGCGGCGAGAGUCUCCAAGAUGAAAUCCAAGGCCUGGUCGAAUUCCGCAACGUGCAUUUUCGAUACCCCACACGCCUUGGACAGGCGGUGCUGAAGGGGAUUAAUCUCACUGUUAAGCCUGGACAAUAUGCCGCAUUGGUCGGUGCCAGCGGCAGCGGCAAAAGCACAGCCAUCUCCCUAAUAGAGCGCUUCUACGACGUCCUCGAGGGCGGCGAAAUCCUUGUCGACGGGAAGAACAUUUCGCAGCUGAACGUGAACUCGUACCGAAGCCAGCUGGCCCUCGUCAGCCAAGAGCCGACGCUUUAUCAGGGGACGAUUCGCGAGAAUAUCUGCUUGGGCAGUCCGGAUCCGGAUGUGUCAGAUGAGUAUGUCCUACAGGCUUGUAGGGAGGCUAAUAUUUACGAUUUGAUCAUGUCUUUACCAGAAGGCCUCAAUACCCCCGUCGGCUCCAAAGGCAGCAUGCUCUCUGGCGGGCAAAAGCAACGGAUCGCCAUCGCUCGAGCGCUUAUCCGCAACCCCAAGAUUUUGUUGCUGGAUGAAGCCACGUCCGCCUUGGAUGGCGAGAGCGAGAAGGUGGUGCAAGCGGCUUUGGACGCUGCUGCGAAAGGCAGGACGACGAUUGCGGUGGCGCAUAGGUUGAGCACAAUUCAGAAGGCGGAUGUCAUUUUUGUCUUUGAUCAGGGCAAAGUGGUGGAAGUGGGCACGCAUCGGGAGUUGGCUGGGAAGGGGGAGGGAGGGAGGUAUUGGGAGCUGGUGAAGGGGCAGGGGGUUGAGAGGGUUGGGAGGGGUUGA